AACCGAACGAACUGUACAUCUGCAACCGCACUCGAAUCGGGUCCGGUAGCCUCUUAUCCAAUUCAUUUUAUUUCCUUUAUUAACGGACAAUCCAUUGGCGGUUGGCGCCAUUUUCGACGAGAGAAGAGAAGCGGAGAACACAGUAAGCUAUCAUGCUCCUCCCAUCACCGGAUUGCCUCUCCUCUCUCCGCCUCGUUCACAGACCCACUCUUCUUCUCUUCCCCAGCAACUCCAGUUUCAGCUCUCUGGUGAGUCGAACUCGGACGAAUCGACUCUGUAGAGCGAGUCUCAUCACCAACUCCGACUCGUUCGAGGUCGGACGGCUUAUUGGCAGCUAUGGCUUCAUGAAUGUAACUAGCUAUUCCGGUUUUCCAUCGAAUGCGGAUGGUGAAUACUCAUCCGGAGAUAUGGGGCAACUGAGAGUUCAAGACGUUGAAGAAGGCAGUGUAAAGAUCAGGCUUUAUGAAGGGAGAGUCUCUCAGGGCCCCCUUCGAGGAACACCAGUUGUUUUCAAGGUUUAUCCGGGACAACGAGCAGCUGGAAUUGAGGCUGAUAUGAUGGCUGCAAAUGAGCUAAAUGCUCAUACAUUUCUUCAAAGUAGUUCAGAUGGUAUCUGUCAGAAUCUUCUGAUACUCAUAGGUGGAUUUGAAACAACAACUGGAGAGCAGUGGCUUGCUUUUCGUAAUGAUGGGAAAUAUAGUGCAGCAGACUAUGGAAAGAUUGCGAGUGAAAAGGUGUCAAAGAUUCGUUCUUUGGGAGAAUCAGCGUCUUGGAAUCGUUUUGAAGAAGAAGAAAGAAUCAAACGUAGGAGGAAUUUCAUUAUCAGGCUGUUUCAAGGUGCUAUGAAAGGUCUAGCUUAUAUGCACAAACAUGACAGAUUACACCAGAGUCUUGGACCCUCUUCAAUUGUUCUAAACACGAUUGCAGAAAGAGAAGCUGCUUACCUAGUCCCUCGACUUCGAGAUCUAGCCUUCUCUGUUGAUAUAAGGUAUUCAUUUCUAGACGAGGAUCUCACGUCAUCACUCUCGGAAGGACUUUGGAGACGAGCAUCCUCUUCUGGUGCCUUUACACCUACGGAUAAGAGAGCCUUUGGAAUAGCUGUUGACAUAUAUGAAGCGGGUCUUCUUUUUGCAUACCUGGCUUUUGUUCCAUUUUGUGAGGCAGGCGUCGUGGAUAGCCUCUCUUUGCAGAGGCUUCUGGAGAGCACUUUCAAGCUUGAUAUUGAAGCUUGUAGAGAGUACUGUUUAGCAGACGACCGACUGUUAGAUGCUGUGAAGUUUCUGGAUCUUGGAGAUGGAGCUGGUUGGGAGUUACUUCAGGUUGAAUUAUAUCUCAUAUCACCAGAAUUAAUACUAAUUCCACUACAUCGCUACGGCAAUGUUGAAUCCCGACUUCCGGAAACGUCCAGUUGCGGAGGCUGUGCUGAAUCAUCGAUUUGUCACUGGUGCCGGUCAAUGAGUUUUAUGUUUUGUUGAGAACCAACUCAAUAGCUAGAUAUAUUUUGCUACUUGUAAGCUAAAUGAAAAUUCCGUGCCAUGGAAGUGAAAUUGAGGUUUCUCCAGGUUUGCUUCAUGAAGCAUCGUUGCUGUAUAGUAUAAUCUAACAAUAAGAGUCGAAGCUCUUUUCGUGGCA